AGAGAGAUACCGAAUGUUCACAAACGAUUCCAUCUUUCAACAGAGACAUGCCUUCAAGACCAAAUCCAAUCCGACCAAAGCCAUUCAUUAACAGAACAAGAGUUCUCUUUUUGAUCCUCACAAUCUCAUCUUCUCUUGUCAUUUUCUUCGCAAUCAUCUACUUCAUAUAUCACCUCUGGAUUUCUCUUCUCAACCGCUCAAGAACCAUCCCUUUCUACGACGUUGGUGCGUCGCCGUCAAAGCUUCAGCUUUUCUCUUACAAAGAGCUUAAACUAGCAACGAACGAUUUCGACGAAUCCAACGCAAAGAUUUCGGAUUUCGGUUUGUCUAGAGUGAAAGUGGAGGGAGGUUAUGGGAUUGAUUUGUUCAGCCAGGAUCUGGGGAAAAGUCAAGAGCUUUCUGGAAAUUUCGGAGGAGAGAGCACUCCUCAGACCGCCAUUGGCACUCCAACGGCUCAUGAGGUAGAUUUCGCUCUUGCUCUGCAAGCUUCUUCGUCUUCGAAGAACAGCAGAACGAGUCGUAACAUCAAGGCGAUGAAUCUGAAUUCGAUGAGCUUAGUUAUAGAAGGCGAGACGAAAGGCAAAGAGGUUUCGAACGAUGUGGAUGAUGGCUCGAAAGUGAAUCAGAAUGUGUUGUCGUGUGAGGACCAUGAGUUUGAACAGAGCAAGGAGAUGAAUUUGAGCCCUAAUUCGGUUCUUGAUGUGGGGAAAGGGUCGAAACAGUGGGGCAGAGAUUGGUGGUGGAAGCAAGAAGGGAGUGGUGAGUUGUGUAGUAAAGAUUAUGUUAGGGAAUGGAUAGGGAGUCAGAUUCACACGGUCAAUCCGGAUUGGGACGACGAGAAGAAGAUCAUCAACACUCCUGAGCUGGGAGUUUCGACUAGGACAAUCGAUAAAGCUGAAGAUCGAGAUGGGUCUGGUCUGAACGAAUCUAGGUUUGACACUCUUGAAGAGAAGUUUGCAAAGGAAGAGAUCAGCGAGAGGAAGAGCAAGAAACCGAAGAAGAAGAAGAAGCAUAGGAAUAUGGAGGAAUGGUGGAAAGAGGAAGAACAUCAAGACGAGAUGAAGGAUAAAAAGAAGUUUGGAGUUCUGAGAAUCAAGUUGAAGAAUCGUUUAAAAGUCCCACAUUUCCGUUACUGUUUCCGUGGUAAGGGAGAAAACAGCGUGCCCGACCGAGAAGGAGAAGCAGCGGGAGAGUUUAGCUUCAGAAGAGGAUGGCGGAGGAAAAGCAAUAGCAGCAGCAAGAAGAAGAAGAACAACAACACAUCAAUGGGGAGUGAGAUGUGGAGUGGAGAUUUGUUCAGCCGCGAGUUAAGCAGCACGACGAGUAUGAGAGGGACACUGUGUUACAUAGCACCAGAGUACGGAGGCGGUUGCUGUUACUUGAUGGAGAAGGGAGAUAUCUACAGCUUUGGGGUACUGAUUCUAGUGAUAGUCUCCGGGAGGAGGCCUUUACACGUACUUGCAUCGCCGAUGAAGCUUGAAAAAGCGAAUUUGGUGAGUUGGUGUAGGCAGUUGGCUCAGUCAGGGAACGUUCUCGAGCUGGUGGACGAGAGAUUGAAGGAAGGGUAUAACAAGGAAGAAGCAGGAUUGUGCAUUAACUUGGCUUUGGCUUGUCUACAGAAAACGCCAGAGUUACGGCCUGAUAUCAGUGAAGCUGUGAGGAUCUUGAGAGGAGAAAUGGAGAUUUCCUCGACUGCUUUCGAGUUUUCUCCAUCGCCUCCAGCAAAAUUUUAUGGCAGUAGAUCGAAGCGGAGAAGU